AAUCUCUUUAGUUUUUCUCUUUAUUAAAGAAAGUUUGCUCCUUUCUUGAUUUCAAAACCCAAACAUUUGAAUCCCCAAUCUUAAUAUUAAUGUUAAUAUUAUACACAACAUAACCUCAUCUCACAGGCAAUCCAUAUUCAUAUUAAUUAAUGUUCUUGCUUGGCUCCUGAGUAAACCCAAGUCUCCCUUUGUCUGCACUCAAAGAACAACAGCUACAGAGACAGCCUUCAUAAUAAUACUAAUUAGCCCCCAAAUCCCAUCCCAUAUUCUCUGUUUUAUCCCAAUCCCAAUCCCCAAGUGGCAAAUCAAAAACCAUCAUCACCAUGUCCUCCUUGCAGCCUCAGCAACAACAGCCUGCUCUUGUUUACCCAAACAACAUGAGAGGACAGCCGUCGUCUUCCCACCAUUCAAAUGGCUCAUUUGGGACGGUUUUCAUUGUGCUGGCCGUUAUAGUUGUCAUAUCAGCCAUUGCUUGCUUUCUUGGACGGCUCUGCAACCGCCGCCUCCACAACUCAAAACCCAACAAGCAACCGGCGCACAACUUUCGUCCCAGCAAAAAAGAAGCUGCAGUGAAUCAUAACCACAUGGAGUUUGGGAAUAAUAAUAAUCCCAGCUUUCGUGCCCCAAAAGACGCAGACAUCGAAUUCGGGUUUGACAAGAAAAUCCCAAAUGGCAAUGGCAGCGGAUCAGAGAGCAGAGGAUACAUGAACAAUCACAGCAAACCACAUCAUGGAAAUAGUGAUCAUCACAUUCACAUGAAAGGUGAAAUGAAGCAGCCUGGUGAUCAUAUUGUGAUUGGAGAGCCCCGAGCCACUGGAUGAAUUGCAUGAUGAUGUCACACGUAAAGAUGGGAUCAUCAGUAACUUGUAGUUGCUGGAUUGGCAUAUCUGUCAAAAUUAAAUUAGUCCUCUCGUUUUCUCUGUUCUUCUCUGUUUUCUUUUUCCUUUUUUAUUUAUUUAUAAUUUCCAACUCUGCAACUUCUUAAAGUAUUGAUACGUAAUGAUUUUAUAAGGUAUUGUGAUAAAAAUGUACAUAAUCAUUGCA